AAUGGCCACUGUAGGACGUUUUCAGAGUAAAGUUGUCAUAGUUACAGGUGGAUGUAACGGAAUAGGAAGUGGAAUUGUUAAGGUCUUUCGGGAACAUGGUGGAAACGUUGUCAUUUGGGACAUUGAUGAUCCCCCGCUUCACGCCAUAGACGAUUACUCAGCAGAUGAAAUGCGCAAACUAAUGGACCUCAAUUUCAUCGGAUAUUUUCUGGCUGCUAAGUACACUCUUCCACACUUACGGAAGACGAAAGGUGCCAUCGUCAACAUUUCCAGCAUAACUAGCACACACGGUCAACGUUUAGCCACGGCUUAUUGUGCGACAAAGCAAUGGGUGCUUCCAGGUGCAACUAACACCGCCUUGAUGAAUGCUUUCAUUACUUCGGAUGAGGCCAGACAAGAGUUUGAAGAUAUGUCAGCGUUGCGACGUCUCGGUGAACCGGAAGAGAUAGGUCACGUGUGCUUGUUCCUUGCCACUGACGCCACGUUUAUAAUAGGGCAAGAAAUCCAAAGCUCGGGUGGAAUGAGCCUCGGUACAGCUUACCAGUACAGGAGCUGAAGCGAUGGGAACAAACCCGGCUAUUAUCAAACGAAAUAUCCCGAGCUUGCCGGAGAUUGCCAAGUGGAUAUGAUUGAUUGAUUGAUUGAUUGAUUGAUUAUAUUCACUAGGCCAUAAGGACUUAUACAACGGUGGUGGAUAGUUUGACCUUUUAACACUACAUUGAUAACAUCACGUGAUGAUGUUAACCAAUCACUCAACAACGAAUCGUUAGUGACGUUAUUGAAAAUUGUGAUCUUCAAAGACGAUAUUUGAGCAAAUAACAACAAUUUUGCUAAAUAGUUUCAGCUGUCAAUAUUUCAGUUUUAACACUCCUUGUGAUUUGCCACACUAUAUUUCGUAAUGAAAAA